GCGUCAUAAAUUAUUGGAAGUUGAAAUUCCAUUUGUUGAACCUCUAAAAGAAAUCAAAGAUGACCCAUCUAAUUUAGCAAAAAAGGUUGUAAAAAGAUUAAAUAUGAUAGAAGAAUUAUUAAGAGAUUAUUAUAUUGAUACGAGUUAUUUUGAAAAAAUCAAGAGAAUCACAGAUAAAUAUAAAUGA